CAACACUGCGAAUCUGCCUCUUUGUGAAUCGGUAGGCGGAUGUGAUAUGUGCCUUUAUUCGUCGCCCGCGAAAUUUGCUUGCCAGUGCACGAGCAGCUAGUAUGUAAGCCAGCGUAAUUUCACCAGGGUUCUUGAGGCGGCGGCAGGCGUCGUCCGGGCGUGGGGGACGCCUAAAAAAACGGGACUUUUUUGAAUCCAGCGGACAAUCUGAGGUAAGAUUGCCCUGGGGCGGCUCAUUCCGCAUUGAACCCGGCCUGAACAGAGGAGCAAGGGCCGAUGCCGCCGCGCCAGGAGCCCAUGCGGUGACCAGAAAGCCGUCGGGCAGCCUAAAGCGCAAGGCGCGUCCUCGGGAUCCACGCGGCAGCCACCUGAGGCGCAUUCCUUGCCUCCAAACGAUGCGAAGCGCCGACACGGGCGAAAGCCGUUUAUGGUGCGGCCACCUCCGCGAGUGCCUCGGCGGCGUGGCGGUGAAGCCCGACGAGCUCUCGCGGCGGUGGCGCGCGCUGCCGUGGGCGAAGCAACGGGAGCUGUUCAAGUCCUGGGCCCAGCCGCGGGCGUCGGACUGUUACCCGGGCGACCUCCGCUUGAGCUGGUGGUGGGACCUCCGGAGCCUCGGUUUUGGGCACUAUGCCGCCUGGAGCGACGACGACAUCUCGACCGUCGUGACAAAAACAACGUACUACCAGGUCUGGCUCUCGGCGUCCGGCACGCGCGUGCAUCGCAAAGUGAGCUAUUCGAUGACGCUCCCCGCGAACCUUGUGAUCCCGGUGGUGCUCGCCGCCGGCGCGUUCGUCGUGGCGGGCCUCGCCGUCGGGGCGGCGAAGCUCGUCCUCUGGUUGUGGUAGUCUGUAAAAACAUGUAG